AUGAGCUUCUCGCUCGUCAAUUCCACUUUUGUGGAAGCUCAAUUCGGUUUGAAACUACUUUCAGACUUGACUGAAACUCAAUUAGCUCCAUGCGUAUUUUCUCCAGUUUCUAUUUUAUUGUCGUUGGCUUUAGUGCAUCUUGGAGCCAAAGGACAUACUAGAAAUGAUAUCAGAAACUCUAUUGUCAAUGGGAGCACUGACGACCAAUUCAUCGAACAUUUCAGUUUCGUUAAUAAGCUGUUAAAUAAUUCGGUUAACGAUGUGGAGACUUUGAUUGCCAAUCGACUUUUUGUGGCCCCAGAACAAGCCAUCCGAAAAGACUUCAUCGAACAGCUAAACGAACAUUACAACGCUGGAACAGCUACUGUUGACUUUAAGAAAACACAAGAGACCGCACAACUCAUCAAUGACUUUAUUUCUGAAAGUACUAAAGGAAAAAUCACAGAUAUGGUUAAACCAGAUAACUUGAAAGAUGUUGACGCAAUGCUCAUCAAUGCGAUUUUCUUCCAAGGAGACUGGCGAAAGAAGUUUUCAGACCCCACAGAGUCCAAUUUCAGUACAUCUGCCUCAGAAAAUCGACUUGUGCCGAUGCUUAGAGAGACUAGAGAUUACUUCUACAACAAAGAUGACGAUUGGCAGGUGAUCGGAAUUCCAUUCAAAGACAAAUCCGCGUGGUUUGCUAUUAUUCUCCCCGUCCAGAGAUAUGGCUUGGCUGAAAAUUUGAGAACUUUUAAUGCCGCCAGAUUUCAUAAUCUCGUCAACAAUGUUUAUCAGGAGUAUAUCUACUUAACGUUCCCAAAGUUCAAGCUGGAUUAUCAGAUUAAUCUAAAUAAGGCACUCGGAAAGUUCGGGCUGUCUGAUCUGUUCACAGAGAGAGCUGAUCUGUCUGGAAUUGGGCCGGGGCUUCAGUUGGCGUCUGCCACUCAUAAGGCACUCAUCGAGGUGGACCAAGUCGGUACCAGAGCCGCUGCUGCAACCGAAGCCAAAAUCUACUUCACAUCUGCCAGAAGUGACCAACCCCUCAACAUCCGUGCUGAUCAUCCGUUCCUUUUCUCAAUCAUCAAAGACAAUUCGCCGCUUUUCAUGGGUAUUUACAAUUGA